AUGGUCACCUCAACAGCCCUAGAGGUCAUCAUAGAAGGGGCAGAGGUGGAGCUUCCCACAGAACCCACCAAUGACAUAGAGAUGGAAGUGCUGGUGCGGCCUACUCGGGCCCAGUUGGAGCAGGUGGUUGAGCUGAGUAUCUUGCUGAAGGGAGAGAGGUACAGCGAUGCUCUAAGAGACACUGCCAGCUUCCAGUACCAGACACUCAACCAGCAGUUCAUUGACAAGAUAGAAGAUGCUCUGGGGGGACUGCCAGGCUUGAAGAGUGUGACUGUGCUGGAGUUCAGGUUGGAUGGCGUAGUGGUAGUCUAUGCGGUGACGGUGGAGGUGGAUGGGGAGGGGGUGAGUAGUGACCAGCUGGACUACCUGACCCUGCAGUCCAACCUGGUGGAGAACUCCUACAGAGAGCUGAAGGAGAGGCCCACAGUGGUCUACAACAUCACUGACUUCAAGAACAACAUGACUGAGGCCCUGCAAAAUGACAACAUCAUCAGAGACACAAUCCUGGCCCUGGACCCUGACUUACUGCAACUAGAGAGUGUGUCCAGUGUUCCUGAGUCCAUCGAGUCCACGGCUGGAAUUAUCAAGGAUGACUGCUUGGAGGAAAUCUUGGCUACCGAGAUGACCCCAGAUGCCUCUGAGGUUAAAGCUGAGGAUGUGGCGAUGGGGGAGAAUGAUGUCAUCGUUCUGGCGGAGAGCGUGACCCUCCCCCCUGAGCCAGAGGUGACCAUCGAUGACACGGGGAUGGAGGAGGAGGGUCUGCUGUUGAGGAACACUGUGGCUAUAGAGAGCCCUCCCCUGGAGCUCCUCCUGCAGACCCUGUCUCCCCCGAGCAGCCAGAGGGCACUACGCUCCCCAAGCCUCCUCUGGAGAUAGAGGCCUCUGGGUCAGAUGUUGACAGACUUGAGGACGUGCCCUUCCAGCCCGAGGAAGAAGAAGAGCCAGCCUCAGCUGCAGAAGAGGAACAUACCAUAGAAGAAGAGGUAGUUUUGGAAGAGGUGAUCAUAGAGGAAGAGAUCUUAACAGAGGAAGCAGAAUCGGAGGUCCCUGAGGAAGAGGAGGUAAAGGAGGAAGCAGUGGAGGUCCCUGAGGAAGAGGAGGAAGCAGUGGAGGUCCCUGAGGAAGAGGAGGUAGAGGAGGAAGUAGUGGAGAUCCCUGAGGAAGAGGUGGUAGAGGAGGAAGUAGUGGAGGUCCCUGAGGAAGAGGUGAUAGAGGAGGAAGCAGUGGAGGUCCCUGAGGAAGAGGUGAUAGAGGAGGAAGCA